UAAAUUUAAUGCUGUUUUCUUCUCAGAACCUAGAAGAGUCCCUAAUAAUGAAGCUGAGUCUCAUCAAAGUCGUUAAUGGCUGUCGUCUAGGAAAAAUACAAAACCUGGGCAAAGCAGGCGACCACACAGUGGACAUUCCAGGCUGUCUUCUGUACACCAGGACUGGCUCUGCCCCGCACCUGACGAAUCACACACUACAUAAUAUCCAUGGGAUCCCAGCCAUGGUCCAGCUCACACUGUCAACCUUAGCAGAACAUCAUGAAGUCUUGGCAGAGUAUAAGAAAGGGGUUGGAAGCUUUAUAGGCAUGCCUGAAUCGCUCUUCUACUGCUCCUUGCACGAUCCAGUCAGCCCCGGCCCAGCCGGCUAUGUAACAAAUAAGUCUGUGUCUGUGUGGGGUUUUGGAGGUCGAGUGGAAAUGACUAUUUCCAAGUUCAUGGCAAUUCAGGAGGCCCUGCAGCCAGACUGGUUCCAGUGUCUCUCAGAUGGGGAGGCGUCUUAUGCAGAAACAACUUCCAUAAAAAGGGCCAGGAAGUCUGUGGAUCGGUCCCUUCUGUUCCUGGACAGCUGUUUGCGACUACAGGAAGAGUCUGAGGCCCUUCAGAAAAGUGUGGUUAUUGGAGUGAUUGAAGGUGGAGAUGUCAUGGAAGAGAGGUUGAGGUCGGCACGAGAGACAGCCAAGCGGCCCGUGGGGGGCUUCCUUCUGGACGGCUUUCAAGGGAAUCCCACACUCACAGAAACCAGGCUGCACUUGCUGUCAUCAGUUACCGCAGAGCUGCCAGAGGAUAAACCAAGGCUCAUCUGCGGUGUCAGCCGGCCAGAUGAAGUGCUCGAGUGCGUGGAAAGAGGAGUGGACUUGUUUGAGAGUUUUUUCCCGUAUCAAGUGACCGAGCGGGGCUGUGCCCUGACUUUCACCUUUGAUUGCCAGCUGAAUCCUGAAGACACAUUAUUGCAACAAAAUGGAAUCCAAGAAGAAAUAAAAUGCUUGGACCAAAUAAAGGAAAUUGAAGCAACUGGGUGCAACCAAGAAAUGACAUCAUUUGAAAUUAAUCUGAAGGAGAAAAAGUACCAGGCAGAUUUUAGACCGAUCGUGAGCGGGUGCUCCUGUUACUGCUGUAAGAAUCACACACGAGCAUAUAUCUACCAUCUGCUGGUGACCAACGAGCUCCUGGCCGGUGUCCUGCUGAUGAUGCACAACUUUGAACACUACUUCAGAUUUUUCUGCUCCAUCCGGGAAGCACUGAAAAGUGACACGCUGGCACAGUUGAAAGAACUCAUCCACAGACAAAUGUCUUGAGAACUGGAAAAUGCAAACUGGUCUUGUCUCCAAAAACAGUAAAGACUAGAGAACUGAGCUUUUAGUGUUUAUGAUAGGGAAUGAAGAUCAUCUGCCUCAAAGUCCCAUGGGAGUGUGGAGGAAGGAAGGCUUUCUAGAGAUUGCAGUGGACCAGACUGAUCAGAAUGAUUUGAGCCAUAACUUUUACAAUUUUCUAGGCUAUUCCACUAGUAGAUUCAUUUAGUUGAAGACAAGAGCAUUAGAUGUGAGAGUUUUGAAAGGAUGAUGAGGUUCUAGGAACUACUUAGAUGGGUGAGUGGGGAAGACUGUGUGGGUAGCUUGUCAUCUGGAGGCACAGCUGUUGCCUGGGGAAGAAAUCAAACUAAUUUGAAGAAGGGUUUUUUGUUUGCUUCUUCUCAUGCUCUCAGGGGCUUUUGGGCAAAUGUAGAAACAGGUUUAUGGAGAAUCUCUAAAAUCUUUUUAGGGGACAAUUUCAUGUUAACACGUUUUGAUUUAGUAAAACAGAAUGUCCCCUCCAGGGUCCAACUUGUCCUUGUUUAAAGAAAAAAACACAUGGCAAAUACUAGGUGGCAUUGACAAGGCCUUUGAUCCCAGCACUCGGGAG